CAGACAAAGCUUUCAAAACUGGAGGAGAACAGCAAACAGGGGUGGACCUACUUCAACUCCAGUUUGUAUUACAUCUCUACUCAGGAAAAAAGCUGGAAUGAGAGCAGAAAUGACUGCACACAGAGAGGAGCAGACCUGAUGAUCAUCAACAGCAGAGAGGAACAGGAGUUCAUUGAUGGAAGGCUUGGUGGCACUCAAGGUUGGAUCGGUGUGACGGACCAUGACACAGAGGGCGAAUGGAAAUGGGUGGAUGGCUCAGCACUGACCACUGCGUUCUGGUGUGCUGGAGAACCCAAUGACUAUAAAGAAAACGAAGACUGUGCUGUAACUGGCUACAAAAGUGGUAAUGCAAGCUGGGCUGAUUUUAACUGUGAUACGUUCAAAGCCAUCGGGAUCUGUGAGAGAUCUUAUUAAUUAUACAGCUAGAUUUGAAACUAUGGUACAAUCGAGUAUC